CUCCUCAAGAGCAGACACCUGAUCGCUAUGGCUACUCGUCGAGGAGUUGGACUUGGCGCCUUCGCCAAUCGCACUCAAGCCAGCCAGUCAUUUGCGAAUCAUGGCGCCAAUCUACGCUCCUCGCAUCUCUCCUCUCUACAGACGCAACUGUCCGUAUUCCAGUCAUUGCUCCACACCUUCGCGCUGGAACACAGCUCCACGAUCAAGUCGAACCCGACGUUUAGAGCGGAGUUUGCCCGCAUGUGCAAUGCUAUUGGAGUUGAUCCCCUUGCAGCCAGCAAUGUCAAAGGAAAGAAUGCGCGCAAAGGGCUAGGGGAGAUUGGCAGCUUUUGGACGCAGAUCAUGGGUGGAGAUAUGAACGACUUCUACUUUGAGGUCGCUGUCAGAGUGGUGGAACUUUGUCGCGCUACGCGAAGCGAGAACGGCGGGUUAAUUGGUGUUGAGGAGUGUCGGAAACGAGUAGGCAAGGGGAAGGCUAUUGGUAGUGGACUGGAGGUUACAGAUGACGAUGUUCUCCGAGCUGUCAAGAGUCUGGAACCCCUAGGCUCUGGAUUCUCGAUUGUACAUGUCGGCAGCAAGCAAUAUAUUCGAUCGAUUCCCAAAGAGCUAAACACAGAUCAGGCUACAGUCCUCGAGGCUAUUCAGGUUCUUGGCUACGUGAGCAUCUCUAUGCUCCAGGCCAAUCUGAAUUGGGAGAAGGCUCGAGCACAGACUGUCAUUGAUGAUCUACUGGCGGAUGGCCUUGUCUGGCUGGAUGCUCAAGCGGAGGAAAAUGAGUAUUGGUCACCUCAAAACCUGCUAGAUGACAGUGGGUGAGCAUGCUUUGCCGAAGGCUACUGCUGUUUGAUAUCAUGAUAUAUUCAAGGACAAUCUUGGGCGUUGGGGCUGCCGCAAGUGUCCAGCGGGUACUGGAUGCAAGGAGAUAUAUACUAAUCAUUGUUUUUGUCUG